ACAAAAAAAACAUUUAUAAAAUAAAUAUGGACAAUGGAAUUCGAACACUGGAUAUAUUUAACAAAAUGCAAAACUUUCCACCGUUAGAUGUCACAGUACAACGUAACGUCGGUAGAAGUUGGUGUGCGUGGAAACAGAAUUUUUUAUCUUUUCUGCAGAAAGAAGAUGCUAAAGAAAUAUAUAAGAAUCAAUGGACAGUUAUAUUGUUAAUGUUAAUUGGACCGGAUGGAAAAAAAAUAUAUAGAAAUCUUUUUCAGAACGCUCAACCAAAAGAUCUGGGAACAGUAUUACUUAAACUAGAUAUAUUCUUUAUUUUUGGAUUUAAAGAAAAGCAGAAAAGCGAAAGUAUCGAUCAAUAUAUUGAUUGCUUGAUGCUUGCUGCCCUAGCAAGCAAUCAUAGUGAUCCUGUGAACAUUGUGAAGGAGAAGAUUAUAAAAGAUAUUAAAAAUUACAAUUUCACGGAAAAAGUUUUGAUUUUUAUGCAAUCGAAGGGAGAAGAUCUAGAAUCGUAUUUACAAUCGUUGGAUCUUGAUAAAAUUACACUGUUUUGGAAACAAUGCGAAAAAUUAAUAUCGCAAAGGAAUCACGAAGAUACACAAACGCAGUCUUCUUCUGAUCUGAAUCUUAUUGAAAAGGAAUGCGUUCGCUGUGGUACUUGUCAUAGUAGAAAUCAUUGUCCAGCUUAUGGGUUGCAAUGUGACAAUUGUAAAGGAUACAAUCACUUUACGAAUAAGUGUAAAGGAAAAUAUGUGUCUAACUGCACUAAAUGUGGAAUGAGUCACGUUCAGUCACGUUGUCACGCUUUUGGUCAAACGUGCGAAAAAUGUGAUGUGGCAAAGAUCACGCUAUAUCUAUGUGCCCUGCACAAGGACAUACAUGCUCUCGAUGUAACAAACCAAAUCACUUUGAGAAAAAAUGUUUGA